AUGGAGCGGCCAGUUCACGACCCUGCUGCCGACAAACAUAUUCUAGACUGGGACGAAUCAGAUGUAUAUCAAUGGUUUUCAAGUCUCGGAUACUCUCAAUACGGGGAACAAAUCAAAGAGCACAAAAUACAAGGGGAUUCACUGUGCAUGUUAGAUUCUGAUGGGCUCAAGGCUUUCGGCAUCACCACUGUAGGACAACGUCUAUCGAUACUUAAGUCGAUUUAUCAUCUCAAAAUUGCUCACAAUAUACCCUUCGGUGAAGACGAUUACAUUCCACCAUCUGAAGCCUUUUCAUCUGCUGAUGUUGUUUCUCUGGAACAAAUACACUCCACUAUCAAGGAACAAGCUAAUCGCCUCCGCACGUUGGAAGAGGACAACAGAACGCUGGCCCUCGCAAUGAGAUCUUUCUCUGAUGAGAUCAUCAAACUUCGUUCUACUGUUGGAUCCCCUGAUGAGAAUCCGAAUCAAAUUCGAAAGCGUGUUCCUUAUCUCAGUAACGAGAUGGAGGCGGCAGGGAAUUCUCUCGCAAUUGGCGACGAGACAGCUCGAGGCAGCGUUGCCAGUCUAUCGACUGCAGAAAGCUCUACCCUUAAUUCCAUAGCAAAUCCUUCGGGUCGUGAGACUCCUGAUAACUUUCCUAAUAACACCAAAGUCAGUUUAGACGACCCUACAUGGAAAGUUCUUCCCGCUGCAUUAAAGAAGCAUCGUAUCAACACAGAUGAAUGGCCAAACUAUGCGAUGUUUAUUAGUUUCGGUCCUGCCAACAAUCGAACGAAGCGGAAAUUGGAGCUGGAAGAAAAACCCCUAUACCUAUUCAAGAAGCUUAAAGAGGCUCAGAAAAAUCCCGCUUUUGUCCUGAAGAACAUGAAAGAACCUCGCACACCUGCUGUCGAUGAAACACCUUUAAGCAGACAUUCACCGAACAAAUCAAAUGUGCUCACACCAGCAUCAAGCGCAAAUCGUGCUCAGGGAUAUCCAACACCUCCAUUAUCGAGAUCAAGUCCUGGAUUUUGA